AUGGAAGACUACUUGAAACCUGUAGUUCGAAAAGAACCCGAGAACAUAAUUCUCCAUGUUGGAACAAACGAUCUAAAUAAAAGUGCCUCGCCAGAUCAAAUAGCACACGGAAUUAUCAACUUGGGAAUCCAGAUAAAUCAGGACUCCCCUCAAACAAGCAUUACUAUAUCAGAAAUUUUACCUCGAACGGACAAGUCAAAUCUACUAAUUAAAGCUAGUCAAGUCAAUGACAUCGUGAAAAAGUAUUGCGACCAAAAUAAAUGGGGCUAUAUUAACCAUAAAGCCAUUAAUGCAACCUGUCUGAAUUCAAAAGGACUCUACUUGAACAAGAAAG